AUGACUAAGAAGAAAAACAAAAACAACAACAACACCACCAACGAUGCUCAAAACGAAAACAAAGAAUCAAACAACAACAACAACAACAGCAACAGCAACAAGAAGGAAGAUGAAACCAAGGCAACAAAAAUUGUUAUGAAGAUCGACAUGCAUUGUGAAGGAUGUUCUUCCAAAAUCAUCAAAUGCAUCGCUGGUUUUGAAGGCGUGGAGAAAAUAGAUAAAGGAGAUGGAACCGGAAAACUAACCAUCACCGGCAACAUUGACGCCGCAAAACUCAGAGAUAAGCUUGUUAGUAAAACCAAGAAGAAAGUUGAAGUUAUUUCUCCUCCUCUCAAGAACAAUGACAAGGAGAACAAAAAAUCUGACAACAAAAACAACAAACCUGAUGAAAAAAAACCCAAAGAGCUUCCGUUUACAACGGUGACUUUGAAGAUGGAGCUGCAUUGUCCAGGAUGUAUUGAGAGAAUUCGCAAAACUGUGUCGAAAGCAAAAGGUGUUAAUCAUGUGGCAAUUGAUAAGGAGAAGGAGACAUUGACUGUGAAAGGGACAAUGGAUGUGAAAGUUUUGAUGGAGAAAUUGAAGAAGAGGUUUAAGAGGAAGAUUGAGGUGGUCCAACCCAAGAAGGAGAAGGAGAAGGAUAAGGAUAAGGACAAGGAGAAUGAGAAAGAAGGUAACAAAGGAGAGAAAGCAGAGAAUGAUGGUGGCAAGAAGAAUAAUCAGAAUCAGAAAGGAGGUGAAGGUGGAAACAAAAAAGGUGAUGCUAAUGUUGGUGGUGACAACAAUGCAAAAAUGGAGGUUUCAUCAUCUGGUUAUGGUUAUGGAUAUGGCUUUUGGGGAUUGGAUUAUAACAACUAUGGACAAGUUCAAAUGAUGCAAAUGCAACAAGCACCACAAAUGUUCAGUGAUGAAAAUCCAAAUGCUUGUUCUAUUAUGUGA